AUGACCCAACCAAACAACUCCAAGAUGAUGGCUGGCCAUGGUCGCCCUGAAGCCACCUCGGAAGCUCACGAGCUCACCCUCCGAAGCGCCAUGGCUCCUUCGGUCCAAGGUUCCAACGCUGCAGCGGAGCUGCGCGAGUAUCAGCCCCAAACCACUGGGAUCUCGUUGGGAGACUUGGCAGUCCAUGGCAUCUUCAACUGCGGUGCCUUGCCUCCUCCUCCACCAGAAGACGACCGACGAAUGCUCAACCUUGAACAGCUCCAGGGUACCAUUCAGUUUGUGCUGGACAUGGUGGCGGAAGAUGACUUUUAA